AUGGCGGUUCUGAAUUUCCGCCGACGCCCUCGAAAGAGCAAGUAUCCUCAAAGAUCAAAGUUCGAUUCCGCUCAAGAUGAGGAGAUACUUUGUCCCGUGAUUGAAAAAACAGUACCUUUCAAGAAAUCCAUUGUGAAUAAGGGUAAAAAGGAAGUUCUUUUGGCAAGAACUACUGGAAUCAGUUCCCAGAAUCACAAUAAUCUACUCAGAACCAGGAAAGGUUCCGCUGAUGAUCUUUCGGGAUUUCGCACAUUGACUGAAAAAACAGGGAAAAAUUGGGAGAAUAGAGGUAAAAGAACGGUUCAAUUGGCAAGAGAUACCAAAAUCAGUUUGCCCAUUCUUGAUGAUCAUCAGCUUCUUGACCAAGAACCAUUCUUGAACGAAAAAUCAGCGGCCACACAGGAAUCUACUGGGCAAAGCAAGAUGAAGAUUACUUUUAAGAAGAAACUAGUUGUAAUGAUCGAUAUUCCUGAUCGAGUGACGAAGCAGAAAACAGGCGAUAUUUGUUCUCUUCCGUCAGAACAGAACCAGCGGGAACAACUUCCACUGGAGUUGAAGAAGUACGUAAAGGAACUGGGGGCAACAGGGGACCCUGUUUUGGUGAUUGAAAAGAAAUUGUCUGCUUCAGACGUGAACACUGGGCUUCAAAGAUUGUCGAUUCCGGUAAAACAGGUUCUGAAUCACGGGUUCUUGACAGAAGAAGAGAGGAGGAAAUUCAACAUUGAUAACAAACAGCAAGAAAUUAACGCCCUCUUAAUUGAGCCAUCACUUGCUCAAUCAGGAAUCAAGUUCAAAAAGUGGUAUAUGGGGAACUCUGAAGUGUACGUGUUGGUGAGUGGCUGGAAUGAGGUUGUGAAGAGGAAUGGAUUGAAACCAGAAACACCAGUGCAGCUAUGGUCAUUCAAGAAGGAUUCACAAUUGUACUUUGUUUUGGUGCGGUUGUAG